UGGGGUGUGAAGGUGAAACUCGUCGUUCUGCGCGCUUGGUUGUCUACUGUGAUUAUGUCAUCUGCUGCACUGUUCACCACACGCACGCAGCUGUGCAGACAGCUCGCACACAAAUAUUUGUCGAGGACCUACGUUGCGCGACCAUCUCUAAAUGAGGUUGUGGUUGUCAGCGCAGCUCGGACCCCUAUAGGGUCAUUCAGAGGAAGCCUCUCCACAGUUCCUGCAACCAAGCUAGGUUCCAUUGCCAUUAAAGGAGCCAUCGCACAAGCAGGCAUCCCUCUGGAGGAGGUGAAGGAGGUGUACAUGGGCAAUGUCCUGCAGGCCAGGGAAGGACAAGCUCCAACCCGACAAGCCCUCCUGGGUGCCGGUCUGCCCCUCUCCACUCCAGCGACAACCAUUAACAAAGUGUGUGCCUCCGGUAUGAAGUCCAUCAUGUUGGCUGCUCAGAGUCUCAUGUGUGGGCACCAGGAUGUGAUGGUAGCAGGAGGCAUGGAGUGCAUGUCUCAGGUUCCAUAUGUGAUGGCCAGAGAGGCACCCGCAUAUGGCGGGGUGAUGAUGGAGGAUCUUAUCGUAAAGGAUGGCCUCACGGAUGUCUACAACAAAUUUCACAUGGGUAACUGUGCAGAAAAUACAGCCAAAAACAGCAGCAUUUCUAGAGAGGAACAGGACACCUAUGCCAUCAGCUCAUAUACCCGCAGCAAGGCAGCGUGGGAGUCAGGUGUCCUGGCCAAGGAGGUGGUUCCGGUUAGCAUCCCACAAAAAGGCAAGCCAGAUGUUGUGGUUAAGGAAGAUGAGGAAUGGAGGAAGGUUGAUUUUAGCAAAGUGCCAAAACUGAAGGCUGUCUUCCAGAGAGAGAACGGCACAGUGACAGCAGCUAAUGCUAGCACGCUGAACGACGGUGCAGCUGCCGUUGUGCUCAUGACUGCAGACGCGGCGAAGAGGCUCAACGUGGUGCCAAUGGCAAGGAUUGUAGCAUUCGCUGACGCUGCUGUAGCACCCAUCGACUUCCCCAUCGCGCCAGCAUUUGCCGUGCCCAAGGUGCUCAAGGCUGCCAGCAUUAAGACGGAGGACAUUGCCAUGUGGGAAAUAAACGAGGCUUUUAGCGUGGUGGUCCUGGCCAAUAUUAAGAUGCUGGACAUCGACGCCAGCAAAGUCAACAUCAACGGUGGAGCUGUGUCCCUUGGGCACCCUAUUGGCAUGUCUGGUACUAGGAUUGUUGGACAUAUGGUGCACAAUCUGAAGUCUGGGCAAUAUGGCUUGGCGAGUAUCUGUAAUGGAGGAGGAGGGGCCUCAUCCAUUCUCAUCCAGAGAUUUUAACCAGUGCAAAAUCUCUCUCAUUCAGUAUCUCUCUAAGGUCAACUGUAAUUUGUCUGUUCAGCCACAUUGUCUGAGUAAGGUCAGAAGAUGGGGAAAAUGCAACUGUAGCCAAUUCAGCCUCAAAUUCAGCAUUCCACAAAGGCCAAAAAGGACAGUAUAAUCAGAAGGCAGAUGAUGGCCUUCUCAGUAUUAGCUGCCUUUCUAACGUUAUGGUUAUAAUCACUCCAAAAUGUCACUCCUCUCUCUCCAUCAGAGAACUAUUUAAUGUGGUCAUUUUUCAAUUAGCUUUUUAAAUUAAGCCAUUAAGUAAAGGUAUUUAUACUGAUCAUUAUUUAAGGUAUGAGGUUUCUUUAUAGGAUAAAUCUCUUUGUGGAAAGUGGAAGGAUUUUUAAGGAACACCCAAGAUAAAAUGGAUUAUUUAAAACCGUGGAAUAGCAAUAAAAGAUACUUAUGAAAUGCUUUCA